CAUUCUCGUCUGUACGCAGAUGAACAUCCAUACAGCUGUGACGUUUGCAGCAGGACUUUCAUAUAUGCUAACACGCUGAGGAGGCAUUUGCUGCAGCACAUUGGUGAACGCCCAUAUAGUUGUGAUAUUUGCAACAAGACAUUUACAGAAAGUGGCACCCUGAAGAGGCAUGUGCUGCUGCAUACAGGUGAACGUCCACAUAGUUGUACUGUGUGCCAUAAGGGCUUCACAAACAGUAGUGACCUGAAUAAUCAUUCACAUCUGCACAUGGGUGAAUGUCCAAAUAGUUGUGAUGUGUGCCAGAAGAGAUUUAAGACCAGCGGUAACCUGAGGGAUCAUUCAUAUGUGCACGCAAAUGAACGUCCAUACAUCUGUGAUGAGUGUGGCAAGUCAUUCAGGAGUCAGAUCCACUUGAAGAAUCACUCACAAGUGCACAUUGGUGAACGUCCAUACAUCUUUUGUGUCUGUCUCAAGUCAUUUACACGGAGUACCAGCCUCAAGCUCCACUCACGGAGGCACACAGGUGACAUCCCAUUCAGCUGCAGCGUCUGCCAUAAGAAAUUUACACGGAAUUCUACCCUGAUGCUGCACAUUUCUGUCCACACUGGAGGAUGCCCAUUUGGCUGUGAUGUGUGUCAGAAGAGGUUUAAGAGCAAACAUAGCCUUAAUUACCACAUGGAAUCCCUUGUAUAGUACACAUUUUAUUACUGUCUACAUUGUACAAGGUAAUCUGUGCAAGAGAGCUGACAAAGUGUCCAUAGAUGCUACAUGUAAGGGGAAGUCAAAUGAAAAUGACACAGACUACAGGGUAAAUCACCUACCAAUUGCACCACAAAUAUUUCAGGCAUAGAAGAUGCUGCCAAUAUGCAUUUUUCGCUGAAUUGAAUUGUAGGCAAGGGUGUGUAUUUACAGAUAACACAUAGAUUUUGUGACCUUUAUGUUAUUUACAACAGUUACAAAGUUUUUAAAUGGGAUGAUGCCUACUGACAGCAAAAUCCCAAACAAAGUGUGAAUGAGAAUUGUCAGAUCCAGUAAGUGCUUUAGACACUAAAUGACACAAGAAGCU